AUGUCGAUGGACAGAGCCAGCAUUAGACAACGUCGUCAGCAGUUUGAGGCGCAAUUUCAAGCACUUUCACAAGAGCUGAGCGAUGUUGCGGCAUCGCAAAGUUCAAACAAAACCAGCGUAUCAAACCAUGCGCAAGUCGUUUGGAGAAUGCAAUACCAAGUCGGGAUUUUGUGCGCAAAAUACAACGAAUUCCGAUUAGCACAAAAGUACUUUCAGCAACUUUUGACGAGCCUAAGCGAAGAAACAUCUGACGAUUUGGCAGAACUGAAAGCGAAUACACUAAAUUGGCUGGCCGUCAUGCAUUUUCGAGUUGGGAGUGAAAACGAAGCUAUGGACCGUUUGCUUCAGGCUACAAAGUGCUCACAAAAAGAAACAACGAAUUCGAUUAACAAGUUUGUGACGGCAAACUAUGCCCUCUUCUUGUAUUCAAAAGGCAAUAUCGUUGACGCUGAGCUCGCUGCACAAUCAGUAAUAAAAGAACUUGAAGCAAAUCCGAGCGAAGACUCUGAUAAUGAUAGAAGAGCUCGAAGCACGGUGUCCAUGCUAUUAUCGAGUAUUUCGAAGACUCGAGGUGAAUUUGAACAAGCUUUAACUUUCGCCGAGUUGGCGGUAUCUCUUGCGGAUUGUGUAAAGGACCCACAUCUUAUAUCACGAGCGCACAACAAUCUUGGUAUCUAUUACCUGGAGAAGAGGGAAUGGCAGCGGGCCUAUUGUUUAUUUUUAAGCGCUUGUCGUGCUACACAGCAGAUUAGUGACUUUAAACAACAAGCGAUUGUCAAGUAUCAUCUUGGUCUUGUGUUGUCAUAUCUGGGCCAAAAUUGGGCGGGAAACGUAGGAUCUUCUGACGAUAAGGAAGACAAAUGUGAGGAAAGGAUUCCAAUCCAGGCAGAUUCAUUUGCGGACGUUGAGACCUUGGAGUAUGAUCAUAUCGAGACCAAAUCGACCAUAGAAACUUUGGGACCAAAAGCUUUAUUCCUAGAAAGUGAAAAUCUUGUCAGGGCUCUACCCGAGCAAGACCAUAUACUUCAUGUGCUUUUGCAGUGUUGUCGCGGUGAAGAAGAAUAUUAUGGAGGCGAUUUUCACACUGCUGAAGCUGAGUUUUCAAUCGCAACGAAGCAGUUAAAAGAGCUUUCGGGAAUCAAUCGAGGGCAAGGCCAGAGUCUUAGUACCUUAUUUACGGAUAGUUUGGAUCUAAAUCCAAGUUUCAAAUUCCAAGUAAAAGCUAAUAGUGAAGCAGAGAAUGCAAAGGUUCAAGGUCGAUUACUCAGCUACAUUGGUUGCACACAAUUAGUCGAGGGUAAGUUCGCACUUGCUGAGGAAUCUCACAAACAAGACUUGGCAUGUGCACUUGAUCGAGAAGACCUCGAUGCUCAGCACCGUGCUUUACGGAAUUUGGCAGUUGUGUACAGCCAAACUCAGCGAUAUGCAGAAGCGAUUUGUCUUUGGCGCGAAAUACUCGAAUUAUCUGUGGUGCUAGAUUCAAAAGAGGAUCGACUUAUAGCGUACUCAGGAUUGGGUUCUACCCAUUGUAGCUUCCUUACAUCAGAAACACCAACAGCAAUUGCAGCAGCAGAAAAGAACCAAACCUUUGGACCGUUAAAUCCACUUCAGGUUUUGAAAAAGCAACGUGCACUUGCUCUUCAAAUGGGUGAUCUUCAUCAGCAGAUUCUAGCUCAGCAACAAAUUGUUCGUGCAUAUGAAAGUCAUAUUAUAAAAGCGUCAAACGAGAGUGAGGAUAAAAAGGUACUUGAUUGCCGGUUAUCAGAAUGCAAAGCUUUUGUACGGCUGUGCGAGAAGUCUGAGGACUGGCAUUAUCGUGCUGACGCGUAUCGAUCUUUAGCUAACGCCUUAACGUCGCAAAUAUGCAACCUUCGCGCUCGAGCAAAGGGAAAAGAUGAGUCGGUGCAACAUGCCAUAGACAAGCUUGUUCAGAAGCGAAAUAGUAAUUGCACCAGGUACCAGGAGGCUGUUGUUGCCUACUCAUCUACAGAAUCGUCAGCGUCUUCGGACGAAAAUGAAAAGGAAAGUGAAGAUGAAAUUCAAGCGACAAAUUUUAGUCAUAAUCAGCAAAUAGUUCGACCAUCGCUUUCACGGCUCGAGAUACUACAGCGCUACUAA